AUGUCAGAUCUUCCAUCCACUUUAGACUUCAUUUCACACCGUCUUUCUACUCUCUUGUCUUCCUUAUCUCCUUCCUCAGUAAUACAUACUCUCUUGUUGCUUGUUGUAGUACCUGUCCUUGUAAUGAUAGGUAAUUUCUUAAUACCCAAAGACCACGUGUGCAGCCGAACUGCAGAAUAUGCUCAACCAAACAGUAAACUUUGGAAUGCUAUAGUGGAGUUUGGAGCUUACCCACGAUGGAGGUCCAAUAUAACAAGAGUUGAAACCAACCCACCGGGACAUAUCCCACCUGACGGAUUUGAGUGGUUUAGGGAAUUCUCACCACGCGGCGACAUGAACAUGAAAUUCCGCGUAAUAGAACGUUUGGAAGGCAAAUUAUUAAAAAGAGAGAUUGUACGUGAAGGAGGAGUUCAUUUCAGUGGUAGUUGGACCAUUGAACUUGAAUCGACAGGCGAAAACUCUACAAGGGUGACCAUCACCGAAAAGGCUAGGGUUCAUAAAGCUUUAUAUAAAGUCAUGGGAUUGAUUAUUGGAUAUAAUAAGAUAAUUGAUCUAUUUCUAAUGGAUCUUGGUGCAAAAUUUGAUCAGCAAGUAAUAAUCACGGAUUCAAUGAAAGUCCAAGCUUCUGGUGAAAAGAUCAGAGAAAAAUCGAGGAAAUCAAGUAAUAAAAUGGUUCUCGAAGAAUGA